AUGUCUCACGGUCAUCCAUUCGACCCGCUCUCGCCAGCGGAAAUCGUCCAGGCAGUCCGCAUCGUCAAAAAUGCUAUCCCAAACGAACCCCUCGCCUUCAGAGUGGUAACCCUCCUUGAACCACCAAAGACCCAAAUGAUCCCUUUCCUCCGCGCCGAACACGCAGGCACAUCCAACGACACUAAUGCCAUUAAACCAGCGCGAAUUGCACUAAUCCAUUUCAAUCGCGGCGGCGGCGUGUCCGAUCUCUGUGAGGUACACGUUAAUCUCGGCACCCGGACCAUCGUGCACGAGAAGUCGCUCGCUGGAAGACAUUCUUUCCAGGAUACCACUGAGAUGCAGGCGAUGGAGAAAGCUUGUCUUGCGUCGUCCGAGGUACAGAAUGCGCUUCGGUUGCUACAAUUGCCCGAGGGGGCAGUUGUACAGGUUGAGUGUUGGACGUAUGGGACUGAUGGGAUGAAUGAUAUGAAGGAGAGGAUUAUUAUGUGCUACCUCUACAUGAGUCUCACCCCUCACAGCGACUCGAACCACUACGCCUAUCCGCUGGACAUCUGUGUCGAGAUGCUAAGCGAAACCCACUCCGUGAAACGCGUUCUCUCUCUGCCUCUCGGCGAGAAUGACCGGCUUGGACUUGUGAGUGAAGUGGGGGUUAAGCCUUUUGACCGGAGGAAGAUGCACCGCUCAAGCGAGUAUCAUCCUGAUCUUGUCCCGGAGCGCCGGACUACGACAAAACCCUAUAGGGUUGUCCAGCCGCAGGGACCCUCGUUCCAUGUUGAGGGGAAUUUGCUCACUUGGGAGAAGUGGCGGAUGAGAGUGGGCUUUAACUUUCGCGAGGGAUUGACGCUUCACGAUGUUACGUAUGAUGGGCGCAGUGUGUUCUAUCGUUUGGCGCUCUCGGAGAUGUUUGUGCCCUAUGGCGAUAGUCGAGCUCCGUAUCCGCGCAAGGCGGCUUUUGAUCUGGGGAGUAACGGUGCAGGUGUUAAUGCCAAUAACUUGAAGCUUGGUUGCGAUUGUCUGGGCCACAUCAAAUACUUUGAUGGAGUCCAUCACAACAUGCACGGAGACCCGGUGGUGCUCCCCAAUGCCGUUUGCUGCCAUGAAAUCGACGACGGCAUUCUGUGGAAACAUACCAACUUUCGCACGAACAACGCGGUGGUCACCCGCUCUCGAGUCCUUGUGCUGCAGACGAUCAUUACGGUCGGUAACUACGAGUACAUCUUUGCGUUUCAGUUCAUGCAGGAUGCCUCGAUCAACUACGAGGUUCGCGCAACGGGAAUCCUCUCCACAGCGCCGAUCCAUCUAGACGAGUCCGUUCCAUAUGGGGCGCUGGUAGCACCAGGCGUAAUGGCGCCGUAUCAUCAACACCUGUUCAGUCUGAGGAUUGACCCUGCCAUCGAUGGACAUCGGAACUCCCUGAUGGUCGAGGAGUCUCACGCCAUGCCAUUGAAUGACCCUGCGGUGCACAAUCCGUUUGGCAUUGGUUACACGACGACUCACAAGUUUGUCGAGACGGAAUCUCCGCUGGAUAUUGAUAUCGCCUCCAACCGCGUGUUCAAGAUCGUUAAUGAGAACGUUUGUAACCCAAUAAGCAAAGGGCCCGUCGGGUAUAAGCUUGUGCCACAUCCAUCCCAAAUGAUCCUGGCACAUCCGUCGUCCUACCACGCCCAGCGAUCAGAAUUUGGCGCGCACGCGGUUUGGGUAACCCGCUACCACGACGGUGAGUUAUACAGUGCAGGCGAGAAUACAAUGCAAUCGCUCGGUGGCGAAGGCAUUGCCUCAUGGAUCCGGUCCCGCCAGUCCCCGCUUAGCGUGCGAGAUGAGGACAUCGUCCUUUGGCAUACCUUUGGCACCACACAUAACCCGCGCGUCGAGGACUGGCCUGUCAUGCCUUCCGAGAAGUUACUGGUCUCGCUGAAGCCUGUCAAUUUCUUCACGCGCAAUCCCGCUCUUGACGUGCCUAUCAGCUCGCAGGCAGAAAAUCAGAGCGUGUUGGUGGGCGAGUCCGGCGGCUCAACUUCGGCAGAUCCAUGCUGUCCCAAGCUGUAG